CAUUCUAAGACCAGAAAAGAAAAAAUACAAAUACUCUGCACAACUAAAAUGGAGUCUUUUGGAUCAAUACUAGAGGGAGACUGGAGUUCUUUAGAUGCCAUGUACUCAGCUGAAGAAUCCGAAUUCACCGCGCAGUUACUUAAUUACUGUUCCAUUCCAAAUGACUUGCAUUUCGACCCGAGCUUCAGAAUUUUCUCUGACAAUGCUGAUAUUGAUCAUUUUGCACUUGGUAAUACUUGUUUUUAUCCUACUUUGAAGCAUGACAGCUGCUAUGCAGGCGAUUUUAGGCACAUUUUGGCGGCAAGUGAUGAUUUUGUGUUCUGCAAUGAGGACAUUGAAGGCGAAAAUCUGUCAUCGGUUCAGAUUUUGUCUAGUGGUGAUGUAUAUGAAAAUGUACUUAUGCAGCUUGAACUUGAAGGUCAUGUGGCAGACCGUGUUUCUGACGAGGAAGUUGUAUUGAGCAAUUCAGUGCAAAAAUCAAAGAAACGAUCUGCAAACUCCGGAGAUGUUCAGAUAAACAAGAGGAGAGUGAAGGCAAAGAAGAAUCAGAAGAUUGAAAGGAAAGACUGCAUGAAUAACAAGGAGAAAAAUGCUGCAAUGCAAAAGCGAAGUUUAAGCAAUGACUCCAUGGUUUCUCAUGAACUAAAUGGAACUGCAUCAAAUUCUCCAGACUCGAAAGAAGUUACACCUGUCAAUUCAAAUGGUGAAGUGAGAGCUGCUAGGGGAUCAGCAACUGAUCCACAGAGCCUCUACGCAAAGAAACGAAGAGAACGAAUAAAUGAGAAAUUCAGGACAUUGCAGAACCUUGUUCCCAAUGGAACUAAAGUUGAUAUUAGUACAAUGCUUGAAGAUGCUGUUGAGUAUGUGAAGUUCCUGCAACUCCAAAUUAAACUCUUGAGCUCCGAUAAGUGGAUGUAUGCACCCAUCGCGUACAAUGGAAUUGAUCUCGGACUUGAUUCAAACCUCUCCCGGCCACUACAUUGAGAAUCACAGAAUUUUCUGCGAAUGAUUACUUAUAGCAGUACUAGAAACCUAGCCUCGUUGCAAAGUACCAGGAUAUAGUCGCGACAUCUUAAUCAAAAGUGAUCAAGAACAGAGUCAAUGUGCGUGAUUUUUUUUUUCUUGUUGCUUGAGUGUUGUGACCGAAAGUUAUUCUUUAGUAAAACUCUUUUCCCGCUAA